AUGCUCAUGAUUAAAGAGAUGAUUUUUUCGUGUAUCUCAGGUGAAGGUGGUGGGCGUUCGGCACGGAGGCGCGCCCGCGAUGCGGCGUCUACCGCGCACGCGACCCCCGCGUCGCCCGUGCCCUCUGCGCCCUCCGUGCCCUCUGCGCCCUCCAUGCCCUCCGCGCCUCCUGUAUCCAACGCACACGCUGUUAAGGCUGAGAGACUCAGUCCGCAUGAUUCCACAGCUUCAAGGUCCCGCAGCGUGACCCCGUCAACGUCGUCAUACCCGAGCACGCCGCCGGAGCGCGGCAGCCCGCACGCGCCUGCGCCUGCGCUUGCGCACCCUCCGCGCAGUUGCUCGGACAUCAUGCGCACUCUGGCGGCGCGCUACAAUUCGCACCCGGUCAACGACUACUUCCACCGACUAAACGGCUAUGGGUUCGAGAGGUCUACGACAGUUGAUAAUAACGAUAUUGCAAGCUAUGCGGGUUUGAUAUCGUACUUGACAAGGCAGCUGGGCGGAACACCGCGAACUCCUGCCAUCACCAACGCGCUAGACAUGGGAAUGACAAGGUACAUGUGGGCGAUCUUACGUACUCACGGCGGUAGUCGGCGACGCCGUAGGGCGAAGGCUUUUCCGGCCGCUGAACACUCUCCACUGGAUCUCUCCGCGGGGGGAGAAACCGCGGCGAAACGAGCCAGACACUCUCCCAGUCCUAGCACGAGGAGUGACAGUGACGAUAGAGAGAGAUCUUCCAAUGAAGAUCGUAGCGAGGCACGCGAGUGCCUGUGCGCGGAGGCUCGCGCGCGGCUCUCCGCCUGGUCGGUGGACGAAGUCUGCGAUUUCGUGAGCUCCAUUGAUAUCUGCGCAGAAUACGCGCCGAAUUUCCGCGAGCAGAGGAUUGACGGGUCGAGUCUCCCUCUUCUUACGGAAGAACACCUGACGGGUAUGCUGAACAUGAAGUUAGGCCCGGCGUUGAAGCUACGAGCAGUGGUUGCUCGGCGGCUAGAGCCAUGUGCCCAGUGCGUGACUACCGCCGCGGCUACCCCUACACCUACCGCGACGCAGGUACAAGCGAACAAUACCCCCAAAGUCAACGGCACCUCCCUCAAAUCGGAGCCUAGAAGCAGUACCACGAGUCCCAGUUAA